UUUUAUCUGUUUCUCUUAAAAAUCUGAUAAGCAAGAUGUCUACUAAUGAGAAUGCCAAUACACCAGCAGCUCGGUUGAACAGAUUCAAGAACAAAGGAAAGGAUACUACAGAAAUGAGACGGCGGCGUAUUGAAGUCAAUGUAGAGCUCAGGAAAGCUAAAAAAGAUGACCAGAUGCUUAAAAGAAGAAAUGUUAGCACUUUACCAGAUGAUGCUACUUCUCCUCUUCAGGAAAAUAGGAGCAAUCAGGUUUUGGCACACUGGACAGUUGAAGAAAUAGUCAAAGGUGUUAAUAGUAAUAAUAUGGAGGUUCAGCUACAGGCUACUCAAGCUGCCAGGAAACUCCUCUCAAGAGAGAAGCAGCCCCCCAUAGACAACAUAAUUCGGGCUGGUUUGAUUCCAAAGUUUGUCUCCUUCUUGGGUAGAGCAGACUGUAGUCCUAUUCAGUUUGAAUCUGCCUGGGCGCUUACCAACAUUGCUUCUGGCACAUCAGAACAGACAAAGGCAGUAGUAGAUGGAGGGGCUAUUCCAGCCUUUAUUUCACUACUGGCGUCUCCCCAUACUCACAUCAGUGAACAGGCUGUGUGGGCGCUGGGAAAUAUUGCAGGGGAUGGUUCUGCCUAUAGAGAUCUAGUUAUUAAAUUUGGUGCAAUUGAGCCACUGCUGAGUCUACUAGCUGUUCCUGAUCUCUCUUCUCUGGCUUCUGGAUACUUACGCAAUGUUACCUGGACCCUCUCAAACCUGUGUCGUAAUAAGAAUCCUGCACCACCUAUAGAAGCUAUUGAGCAGAUUCUUCCAACUCUUGUUCGGCUCUUGCACCAUGAUGAUCAUGAGGUGUUAGCAGACACAUGCUGGGCACUUUCCUAUCUAACAGAUGGUUCCAAUGACAGGAUAGAAGUUGUUGUGAAAACUGGACUGGUGCCACAACUUGUGAAACUGCUGGGAUGUAGUGAACUGCCAAUAAUGACUCCUUCACUAAGAGCCAUAGGAAAUAUUGUCACUGGUACUGAUGAGCAGACGCAGAUUGUAAUUGAUUCAGGAGCACUAUCAGUCUUUCCAAUUCUCCUUUCUCAUCAUAAAAACAACAUUCAGAAAGAAGCAGCAUGGACAAUGUCCAACAUCACUGCAGGACGACAGGACCAGAUUCAGCAAGUUAUAGAUCAUGGUCUUGUGCCUUAUCUCAUUGGUAUUCUGAGAAAGGGGGAUUUCAAAUCUCAAAAGGAAGCUGUAUGGGCUGUGACCAACUACACAAGCGGUGGAACAAUUGAACAGAUCGUGUAUCUUGUUCAGGCUGGUGUUGUUGAGCCCCUACUGAAUCUCCUCUCGGCUAAAGACAGCAAAACUGUGCUAGUUAUUCUGGAUGCAAUUUCUAAUAUCUUCUUGGCUGCUGAAAAGAUUAAUGAGACUGAAAAACUUUGCCUCAUGAUAGAGGAGUGUGGGGGUCUAGACAAAAUUGAAGCUCUGCAGUCACAUGAAAACGAACAAGUGUACAAAGCUUCAUCCACCCUGAUUGAGAAAUAUUUCUCAGCAGAAGAGGAAGAAGACCAAAAUGUUGUACCAGACUCUACUGCAGACAGCUACACUUUCCAAAUUCAGGGCAAUGCUCCAGAUACUUUCAACUUCUAG